AUGGGUGAGAACUGCGUCGAAGAUUUUCAACAGCCUCGCCUCGAAGCAGUUGCAUUUACAGGGCCUGAUGCCAAGCAAGUCAUUACCUCAAGCGACAACAGCACUUCCAAUUGCUGGCCCACGCUGCCCAAGACGAAGAACCUGAUCAAGGUAUUCGAGUACGAUCAUGUCGCUCAACUCAACCAGACGGUACCCUGGUUGGGUUAUACGCCUCUCAUUAACGUACUUGCCCCUGUUGGCAAUAACACGGACAAGGAUGUGGAGGUCAAUUUGGCAUGCAUGAAGAUUGUGGAUUCGGAUGAUUUCAGUCUGGGCACAGCGAUCAACGGCAGCAGAACGGACGAGGGGGAUGGCAAGGAAGGAUCAGCUGCCACGGUCAAGACUGAUUCGAUAAGUGUCGCCUCGUUCGUCAGUACUUGGAUAGUCGCAUUGGUUUGA